AUGAAUGCAGAAGUUGAUGGUAUAAUUGAAAUAGAUCGAAAUCUUCAAAUUGCAACAACCGCAACCACUUCGGAUGUAACUCAACUGGAAUUGGAAUUGCAAAAAGCGCCAGCAAUUGAAGAUGUUAUCCAAGAGAACAAAUUGGUAGCAAUGGAUGCUAUCGAAGAAACAGAGAUGAUUUAUAAUUCUGAUUUGAGGUAUGCAUCUAAUCAAAUUGUUAGUACUGAUAAAUUGGUAGAUGUGAUAAGCAUGGAAGCCACACAUGAAAAUUUGGUAGCAACAAAAGCUGAACAACGAAAUACAACAGCAAAUUAUCAAACUGUUGUGCGUGAAGCAUCAGUUAAUAAAACUGUCAAGGAAAAGGAUGUAGCAGCAAUUCAAAUGAUACUUCAAGCAACUCAAGCAGAAUCAAUUGAUAAUUUCAACUUCUUCGACCAUCAGGAAGAGUUAUCCGGAAUAGAAGUUAUCCUUAGCAUUCCAGAAUUUGAAGUAACAGCACGGAAUUUCGUGUUUUCGGAAGAAAACCAUGAACAACUAUUGCACAAGUUAGAGGAAAGAAUGGAACACAUAGCAAUAAUCGAAAUUCCUAACGUGGAAACUACAACAGGUAGUGCUGUAGAAUAUAAUAAAGAAGUAACGAGUUUAAGUGGUCUAUUUGAACGAAUUACUGCUCAAGAAUCGGCUGAACAAUGCACGAAAAUUAUUACUGAUCAGGUUGGACUUCAGAUUAAAGUAGAUAUACGGUAUGCUUCAAGUGAAAAUAUUACGCAGGAUAUUGUUUUACAUAAUCAAAUGGAGCAAUGGACUGAUACAACGAUUAUUCCAGAAGUGAUAACUAUUCAGGAGUAUAUGGAUUUGCAGCCAACUGCUGAAAGUUUCAUUGUACAGCAGUCUGUUUUGGAAAGGAUUCGGGAUAAUUCUUUGGAAAUAUCAACAAGUAUCAGAAGCAGUAGAACAAAGAAAGCAUAUGCUAGGUAUCCGGAAACUGGACAUGAGGAAGAAGCAUUAGUUACUGGAUGGAGUAAAGUUCUAAGAAAGGCAACAACGGAAAAAAUGAUACCAACUGGACAAGCACAAACGGAAAAGCUAUCUACUGUAGCGACAAUAGAAGAAAAUGUUGAAUUUUCGAGGAUAAUUGAAAAGAUGGAACCUUUCGAUAGCAUUGAGCUAAACUAUUGUUUACAAGAAAUUGCUAAUGAUGAGAAGCAACUAAUGGUAGCUUCUGAAACCGGCGAACAUUCUUUGCUCAAGGAAUCUUCCAAGGAAGUAUGUAACAGUGUGAUACCUGACCUGGAAAUCAUUCAAACUCAAGCACAUCUUAUUGAAUAUGGCGCUGCGCAAAUAGCAUUAGCAGGUUCGUUUGCAAGAUUAGAACAUCAGGAAAUGGUGGAGAAUGUAGAGAUACAAAUUGCUGCAUCAAUGAAACUUCAAAGUUAUUUCGAUAUGCAUUGUGCUGCUUCAGAAUCUGUCUCAUUGCAAAUACAGCUAGAACGCAACUGUAAUAACAAAUUGGAUGAAAGUAUUGUUAGUAUUGUACAAAAACCGAUUGUAAAAUUCACGAUGAAUUUGAAAGAAAUAUGUGAAGAAGUAAACAACCUGGUAGGUAUAUUCGAGACACCGGUUGAGCAUGUAUCAAACGUUGAACACGUUUUUCCGGAUGAGAUAUGCAAAGCAGCUUCGUUAUGCAUUUAUGAAUUCGGUAACGAAUGCCAGCAAUAUAUGAUGCAUUGGGAUAUGAUACAGAAUGCAUUAUCAGCUGAAGUGUAUGUUGCAGUUGCAGAUGUAAGUGAUAUAGCUUGCACCAUUGAUGCAGUAAAGCAAGAAGAUGUGCAAGUUAUUGAGCAAAUUAAACAUCCAGAAUCGUUGGGAUUUACAGAUAAAACAAUUUCUCUCAAAAUUCAUGCAUCUGAAACUGGUGACUGGAAGAUUGUUGAAGGAAAUGCUGAAGCUAUAUUUCAACGAUUUGAUGAACAAAUUGCUAGGCAAGCAAUAAAUAUUAGCAUUGGAUAUUCCGAAAAGCAAACCGGAACUUUCCAAGAAUAUGGUUCUGCCUUAACGGAAACUAUUAUCCAUUUUGCAAGGAUUUUGAGGACAAAAGUUGAAAAUUAUGAAGUGAGAAUAUUAAAUAGCAUUAGCCGGCAUUGGAAAGAAUGUCUAAAUUUAGAAGCUAGCAAAGAAUGUAUCGAAAAUUUGGAGAAAUCGUUAGUAAAAGUUGAAUCGAUCGAAAUGAUUAACCGUAUCCGGCAUGAAGUGAAUCAUGAAACAGUUGCCGUUAAUCUUAUUACAAGUUCAGAAAUUGAUGAGACUUAUGUAAGCACAUUUGAUAAACAAUCACAAUGCCAAUCAUCAAAUAUUAUCAUAAAUGAUCAUAAUCAGGAAUCGAUUAUCAGUGAGCAAUAUGUUGCACAAAAUGAGAUUGCAAAAUUACUUGAUACAACAUGGAGUGUUAUUGUGAACGAUUUUGAUACUGCUAUUAAUAUCAGUGAAUCUAACCGUGCGCAAAUAACGCUUAAUACUGCAGCUAGUAAAGAAGUACAAUUGGAAAGUAAAAAUACGCUAUGUAUGCAAACAUCUGAUGAGAAUGCUUCUGCACGUUUUCCCACAAUUACCGCUAUUUCAGGCGGUGAAAGACAAUUUAAAAUAGAAUCUAAAAUAAAUGAAAGCGUACUAAUACGUCAACAAGAAGAAUUAUUUGCUGAAAGUGUACAAAAAGCAAUAAUUCGUGCUGAAAAUUUAGCAGAAUCUAUUGCAGAAACUUCUGAAGUACAUUCAGAUGCUGGAAUUAUGUUAAUGCGCCGUUCCGCAACCAGAACAACUGGAGCUGCUUCACAUGUUAUUGGCAUUGCUUUAACAUUGUCACAACAAUUGAAAACGCAAUAUGCUCAAGAGAUUAGCAAAGAAGCAAGCGUGGAAUUCUCUAUUCCGGCAUCGAACUUGGAAAUAGAAGAUAAUAUCCGUCAGUGUGUUGUCAAUCGAGAUACUGUAAGUCUAAAAACUGAAUAUGCGAGGGCAAGAGCACUGCAGGAAACUGUUGAAUUAACAAAAUCACGUAAAAUAUUAGCUGAAACAGAAAGUAUUUUGAAAGGAGCGCAUAUGGAUGUUGUGCAUGAAAAGUUGAAAGAAGCAGAUUCAGAAGGUUUUGAAAUUUUGUCACAAUGGACAACUGUUGAUCGAGAUUUGGAAGCAGAAGUAAGAUUGCAACACAAACAUAACAUUGUUAGUAAAUUCUCAACAAUUGCAACUAUCGAAGAAGAAAUUUCAAUUGAUGAGAAGUGGAUAGCAACGGAAUGUAACUUGGAGACAUGUGCAAUUAGACGGAUCAUUGCAAUCGAGAACUGUCAACGCAGUUUCCAAAUUGAAUUUGAUGAAUUGAGGAUACGACUGGAAAAUUAUGAAAAAGAAGGAAAUUAUCAAAUAAUUUGGUGUGAUAAGAAUUACGAUAUAUUACACGUAUCCAUGCGUGAAUCAAUUGUGGAAAAAUUAAACGCAAUGAUUAAUCUUCAUCGCGUAUCAAAUGUUUUACCGAAGCAAACAACAAAUGAAUAUAUUUGGAAUGAUAAACAAUUGAUCGUUGCUCUUCCAUUAUAUGUCAAAUGUGAUGAUAUCAUGACAGAUUAUACAACGAUCGAUAUUUGUAUCGAACAGAAAGUACCACGAGAAUAUCUUGAAACUGUUAAAAUUUCGGCAAAUUGGAUGGAAAUGGAAAUUUUUGAAUGUGAACAAGCUGGAGAUGAAAAAUUCCGCAUGAUUGUAGAAUUGGAAGGAAAACGAUUGGCUCCAUUUGGAGUAGAAAUGAUAUGGCCUGAAGCUCGAAAAGAUGGUGGUAUCAUUGUUAAUAUGGAAGAAUAUCUGAUUGAUGAGAUGACAAUAUAUGCCCAAAUAGAAUCUAAACAAGUAACAUUUGCGGAAUCCAACACGACAAUUAGCAUUAGUCAGGAGUAUGAACCACAAAUGCUAAUAACUAAUACAACAAAAGAAGAAAUUAUUGAUGGAUACGAUGAAUUUAGUAUAGUAUCGGAGGAUAAAGCUAUUACCUAUGUAAUAAUUACCGGUAACAAAGGUGAAUGUUUAUCGAUAUGGUUACAAGAAAGCAAACAAAACUUUAUUACUAUCGGAUUUCAAUAUAGUGAAGAAGAUCAAACAUAUGAAUUGGAGGGUUAUUUUGUUGAGAAACGUUUCGGUGGUAAUUAUCAAUUAGUAACAAAAGCGCCACAAAUCGAAGAUCGUAUUACUAGCAUGGAAAUGUUGCGCCAAAUUGAAAAUGAAGCAAUUGAUGAAGUCUUAAAAGAGAAUGUUAAAAAAUUCGCAAUGAUGGAAGUAUUAGCGCCAAUAUCUAAAGUAACAUUUGUUAAUAUUAACUUGGAAAAAACGCCACAAAUGCAAUUUGCAUCAAUGCAACAACAUUGCGCACGAAAAGCGGAAUCGAUUAGAAGUUAUUUUCCGGAAAUUGUUGAAAUUAUGCAUACUGUAUAUGCAGAAUUCAAGAAAAAAGAAACUUCAUGGAAGUUUUUGGUCAAUUGGAAAGUUUCAAAUUAUGGCGGACAUUUGACAUUAAAUACAGAAUCUGCUGAAGAAACAAUCUUGGACCGUCAAAUUGAUUAUCACAAAAAUGAAGCAUUUGAGAAUACAAUAAAAAUUUUAAAACAAGUGAUAACAAUAACAGUACCAGUAUUAUCAGUACAACAAAUUAUUACGGUAAUGGAAGAAAUUAGUAUGGAUUUUGUAAAACCAUCACUUAUGGAUCAUACUCAUUUACUCCUUAAACAAGCUAAUCGAGGUAUCAAUAUUGAAGUAAAGUUAAAUGAAACAACGGAUAUAACAGAAUCAAGCUAUCUACAGUUUGCGAAAGAAGUUGAAUCGAUAGGGUUAGAAAAGAUGAUAAAAGAAGCUCGAUUUGGUGGAAAAUUAAAUCUUACUACGAAUGCUUCGGAAGAAUACGAAUUGAAUGUGACGCGAGAGCUUACAAGUGACACUAUUCGGAUCGCUCACUGUAAUCAAUUGAGAGUUGAUAAAAAUUACAAUCGUGAUGCUUAUUGUAAAGUGAUUGCUGCAAAGUCAGAAUCUGUUGAUAUGCACAUAAACUUACAGAAUCCGGAAAGUACAGAUGAUGCUAAAUGGACUGUGCGUCAAAAGUUACAACUGAGGGAUAUUUUAACGAUACACGAGAGUGAAGCAAUUAUGUUAACUAUUAAUUUAAAUUAUAUCAAACAAAGAGUAAAGGAAUUUUCAGAGAAGACGAUAGAAUUGCCACGAAAUGCUGAACCAUGCAUCCUGAUAACAUCUGCUACAACAGAUGUGGAAAAAUUCAUACAAUGGAUUCUAGAGAAACGACGUGAUACUAUUUUAGGUUCUUCAACAAAUAUUCUAGCUAAAAAUAUUGUUAAACUUCUUCCAUUCAAUACGAUCCAAUCGAAAUUUAUUGAAACUACCAUUUAUCCAAAUCUUGAACGCAUUGCUAAAAUGCUGGAAGUAUGCAAAACUUUGAUAGCACCUAAUCGUGGUUACAGUAUGGAAUGGAAAUUGCAUGAAAUACGUGAAGAAAAUGAAUACUCCAAUUAUCAUUUCAAACAGGAGAAUCUGAUGGAACAAAUUGGAAAGAUUCUACCUCAAGCAUGCUAUGGUGGACAUCCAAUCUUGAAUGCUUCUGCCAUGAAAGAAUGCAUAAUUGAUGUGAUACUUCGAUUGGAAUCAAAAUUACCAACCAGAGCUGAAAUAUAUUUUUCAACUAACAUAUCAAAUAAAAGCAUUCCUGUUGUAUUUUCGGCAAAGUCAACAGUUUCAGUCGAAAGUAAUGAAGUGAUUAAUUUGGAACGAAAAUCUGAAAUCAAAAAUGUAGCAAUUAUUCGAAAAAUAGCAAAUAUCGAAAUGGCGCAAAUUGUUGCAAUGGAAAGUAGCUUCGAAACAGAAAAUAUUAUCAUAAACUAUGAUCAUAAGGAAGAAUAUGCAGAAAUUCCGAUGAUAACAUAUAUUGCACUUUAUGGAGGACAUCAAAAACUUCAAACUUUAGCAGCAAGCGCAAUUGUUGCUGAUAUCUAUGAAGAGUUUAUGUCUAAGCAUGUGAUAAUUGCGGAAGCAUGCUUGCAUCAAAUGAUUGCAAAUGUUGCAAUUCCAUGCAAAUUGUCAAUGCAAUCAAGCAAAUUUGAAGAAUGUAAUCAAGAAUAUCAUUUGCAAAAGAAGCGGAUCUCUGAGAAUGACGUUGCACUAGCAUUACGUGUCGCCAACAAUGCACUUGUCAAAUUUAGCACGACAGAAAGUACUAAUGAAAUUGAAACAAUCAAUACACAUUGGGAACGUAAUGAAAUGUAUGGCGAAGCUCGACUAUGUAUUGAUGACAAACGUUUUGGUGGAAGUUUACGACUAUCAACUUAUUUUGCUCAAGAAUCUUCAAUCUUAUUCACAGCUGAUUUAACAGCUUCACGUUCCAAUUUGGAAAGAGUUAUUUUCACGAUACCUACUGUACGUUAUAACAUGGAAAAGCCUAUACUUGCAACAUCAUCUAGUACUGAAAUGUAUGCUGAAAUUAGUUGUCAUUUGAAUCGUCCAUCUAUUGGUCAGCAAUCAAUGAUCACCAUUCACAUCGCUAAUCAGAUUGAAGCAAUAAUUAUUCAACUAACCGAAAGUACUAUCAUUUCUGAAACCACUAAUAUACAAUAUCAGCGAGCAAAUGCAGUUGUUGAUGCAUUUUCAGAAGUCUUUCCGGAAGUACGUUUUGGUGGAUCAUUGAUUCUGAAUACUUUGGCUACUACAGAAGCACUGAUCGGUAUACAAUCUUUGCAUAGUCCUCAAGGUCCGAAACAACUUGAAGUGCAAAUGAUUUUUAUGCAAAAAAAUCAUGCAAAUGAAGUGUGUCGUAUAUUGGCAACUACAGAACAAAUAAUUACUGCUAGCGUACAAUUCCAAAAACCAAACGAUUCCUUCAGCACUCAGAUCACAAAAUGUGCAUCACAUAGAGGUGACAAUCAAUGUUUGAAGUUGACGGAACCAUCCGAAAUCAAUCAAUUUAAUAAUUUUUCGUGGAAAAAUUCUACCGAAAUCAAUGCUGGACAGGUCAUUAUUUUGAAAGAAAUACGUUUUGGUGGUCAUUUGAAAUUCACUACUGGAUAUGCUAGUGAAAAAGCCGUUACGAUUACGGAUACAUUAAAGCAAACUUCAGCUGAGUUAGUUUCUACAAUAUCAAGGAAAAUCGCAAAUCAAGGUGAAUCAAUAAGUAUAGACUGUUUAGCUUCACAAGAAAAUCAUCUCUUUAUUAAUCUGGAAUUACAAUCCAACAAAUUGUCACAACUGGAGAUUUCCGUAAACCGGAAGACAGCAAAUCGUGAAGUGCCACAACAGUUGAUUACGAAUGAAUUCAGUGAAUUGAUGCAAACAACUAAUGUUACAUUGCAAAAAGCUUUAGAUUAUAAAUUGGAGCAAAUUGCUUGGAAAGCAAAAAAUAAGGGCGGAAUAAUGGAAUUGCAAUGUAUUGAUUCAAGAGAUUAUCUAGAAUCUCAGUUAUCAUUGAAACAACAUAUUGCGUUAAUGCUAAUAAUCGAUGAAAUACGCUUCGGAGAACAUUCAUCAAUGAAUAUGAUAGCAACCAAAGAAACAAUCUUCAAUUUUGAUGUAUCAUUUGAAAAGCAAGAUAUUUCAAGCAUGCAAAGCUAUACCUUUAAAGCAAUGAAUAGCACAUUACCGGAAAUAUUGGAAACAACGGAAAGUAUGGAAACAGGAAUAGAAAUUGAAAAAGUAGAAGUGUGGAAGCGUGUUAGUGAAAUGCAUGCAGAAUGUGCAAUGAAAUUACCUAGACAGUGUUUACCUGUAUCUUUGCAAACAGAUUCCGCUGAAGAAACGUUUAUACGGCAUGAAGCGGAAAUGCAUGUUAACGUGCAACGUAUCGAUGGUGCAGUAGAAAUUGCAAAAUCAGCAAGUAUAAUGGAACGUGAAGCAUUAACCUGCACAGAAUCUCUUGACGUGACAUUACGACAUAAAGCUCUAGAUGAGGAGGAUGAAGAAAAAGUGGAAAAACGGGUAAGUUUUGCGGCUGAAGUAACCGAGAAAACAAUGUCAAUGGAUAUGAGUGUAACAGUGGAACAACGACAGACACCAUUAAUUAUUAAAAAACCGAUGAAAAAAGAACAACAUGGUCGACGACCAAUAUUACGACAAAAUGAAGCUCCAAACUUUAUACCAGUACGUCGUAAUAGCUUGUUGUUAGCAAUGGAACUUGGUGAUGCGCAUAAUAUACCACAUUAUAAAACGUUGGAAGAUGUCAUCAGGGGUAUUAAAAAAGCUGGUUUAGAAUAUUCAAAUCUAAUAUUUGGAAUUGAUUAUACACGAUCAAAUAAAUAUCAAGGUGAGAGAACAUUUGAUGGGCGAAAUUUACAUGCUCUUUGUUCAGAUGAAAUGAAUCCUUAUCAACAGGUAAUCGAAAUUGUCGGAAAGACAUUAUCAUCGUUUGAUGCUGAUGGUGUGAUACCAACCUAUGGAUUUGGUGAUGAGGAAUCAAGUAGUUAUGGUAUUUUCAAUUUAAUUGAUAGGAAUGAUAUGAAUGCUGAAUGCAAUGGAUUUGAAGAAGUUCUAAGGAUAUACAAUGAAAAAACACCAUCUAUUCAAAUGUCUGGUCCAACAAAUUUUGUACCGCUUAUCGAACAGGCAGUAUCAAUUGUCCGUGAGAAGCACUCAUAUCAUAUCUUGGUGAUUGUUGCUGAUGGACAAGUAACGAAUGAAAAGAUCAAUCAGAAGGCUAUUGCCGCAGCGUCACGUUAUCCAUUAUCAAUUAUUAUGGUUGGUGUUGGUGAUGGACCGUGGAACAUGAUGACCAGAUUCGAUGAAACAUUACCAAAACGAAUGUUCGAUAAUUUCCAUUUUGUUGAUUUCCAUAAAGUGAUGUUCAAUGCUCCAAAUCAGGAAGCAUCAUUUGCACUUAAUGCUCUCAUGGAAAUACCCGAUCAGUAUAAAGCAAUUAAAGAACUUGGCUUAUUAAAGCAAUCACGGCGUGGCUAGAUGAAAAGCAGCGACAGCAAUAAGAAGUUUGUUUUCACUCACUGGAAUAGAUGGAAGAUGAAAUUUUACGAAUUUCAACGAAAGUA